AUGCCUGCGCUCUUCUACACGAACCUGGUGCUGCUCACGUCCGUCGGCCCCGAGGCGCGCUGCCAGAAGUUCGACGUCGCGCCCGACAGCGACCUGAAGGGGAUGGCGCACAUGAACAAGAAGAGCCUCGACAAGAUCGUGCACAAUACCGCCAAGCACGACUUAAUGCCCAAGGAGGCCGCGACGGACGAUCCAAAGCUUCACGUGUUGCAGUACGGGUGA